AUGUUCGGAAAAGUGGAGCUCGGGGAAUUGGAAAGAUUCAAAGGCGAGGCAGCACGUAGAGAGGUUGAAAGAAUUCGGAGCAAAACAGGAAAUGUUGACUUCAGCUUCGAGAAUUUGCUUUCUAAAAUAGAUACCAUGCUAGGUAAGAUCUGUAGCUGCUACGAUAAGGAUAUGCCAUACCGUCUUAUGGAAAUCUUUGAUUAUCAUCUUGUCCUUUCUUGGCUGAUCGCUCGGGAUGCUUGUUUUAUCCUUGAGUUUUUCCGAUGUUUUCAGGAAACUUCGGAUCCCUUUUUGGGACUCCAGUCCGAGAAUCCAGUGGUAAUAUCUGAGAUCAUGAAGGAUUUGAUUAAAUUAGAGAAUCAGAUCCCACUCUUUGUCUUGGAAGAAGUUCUGGCCAUGGAACAAGUUGAUGCCCAUGAAGAAGUUGUUGCCAUGGAACAAGUUGAUGCCCCUGAAGCAGUUGCUGCACCUGAUGAGGUUAUUGCUAUGGAAGAAUCAAGCAGGCAUAAGAAGGCGCCCAAAUCUGCACUUCAAGAACUGCUCAAGGUUGUGUUCCGCGGCGAAUAUUACGGGCCUUUUGAUUACUUUCCUGAUAAAGAAUCACCCUGGCAGAACCAUCUUUUAGACAUUUAUUACUACUAUUGUCUUGGAGAGGGAAACGAAUAUGGACCUCUUGAUCGCAAAGAGUCCAAGGAAGUGGCGGAGUCGUUCAAGAAGUGCAAGUUUCCAUCUGCAGUUGAAUUAAUGAAUGGAGGAGUGCAGAUCAAGGCGAAAGGUGGAAAAGUCCAAGAUGUUGGAUUCCGCUGUAGAACCCUAUUUAUCCCGCCAAUAAAGUUUGAUGUGGAUUCAGAAAUACUCAUCAGAAAUUUAAUUGCUUUGGAAGUUUGUUCAACUUACCUCGUUUCCAAGAGUUUGACUGAAUAUGUUCAGCUCAUGGACGAGCUUUGCCAAACAGAGAAGGGAGUAAGUCUGAUGAGAGAAAAGAGGAUUAUUAUUGGUGAUCUAAGGAAUCCCUCGCGAGUUAUCCAACUAUUGAACUUCACGAGCCUAGCACAGUUCCAACCAACGUGCUUCUCCUUUCUUUUAACAAAGGCAGAACUGAUCAAGUACUACAGAAGAAAGUAUCGGGUCAGUUCAGCAGUUGUUUGGAAUGAGUUCUGGGAUGCUUACGUUUCAAAACCAUGGCUGGUGAUUGGAGGAAUCGGAGCAACAAUCCUCCUCCUGCUUACAGGGGUCCAGGUCUUUUGUUUAUUUAAAAACUGUGGAGCACGAUGA